AAACAAGAACCGUCCGUUUGGUACAUUCCCUUGUCUUGUUAGUACAACAACUUGAAUCUCAUGUUCGCGACUUUGCGAUAGAUUCUCUCUCAAAUCCAACCUCAAUGGCAGAUCCAUCUUCUCAAAACCCUACCCUCACCACUCCUCCUCCUCCUUCUUCUUCUCUUUCACCAACCCCUCAAUCUGGUACCUCGGAAUUAUCGCCACCGCCUUGCUCUGCCUUGUCCUUUCUCAAGACUGCCAACAGACCAAAGCUCCGCGUGACGUCUGAAUUCGACAGCGAUAGUCUCCUUUUCUUAAACAAAGUCUCUUGUAAGCUCUUCGACAACCUCGCCAAGCUCAAACUCUCGUUUCAGAACAAUUCCCAGCGCGAGGUUUCACAGCCUCAGGUCUCCUUUACUUCCAAACAUGUCUCUGUUCUCUAUGAUAUCGAAGAGAAGAACACGUUCAUCAAGAGCAAUCUCGAUGUUCACCCUCGCCUUCAGCUCCGAGCUAUUCAUAAUGUCAAGGCACAACAAGGAGAGGUUGCUAUGGAGGCAAAUCUGACUGAACCAGGCUAUUCUCUGGAGCUUUCAUCUCCUGUUCCUAUUGGUUAUCCACGAGCAACUCUUAAAUUCCCACUUGGAGAAAUUUCGUUACAAGAAAAAGAAGAUGAGGAGGAGGAGAAGCAGAAAAGAGUUUUAUCUGUUAACGGCAUCCUCAAACGUCAAGCCAUGAAUGGUAUUUGUACCGCUCUAUACACAGAUGAAGAGUUGAGGCUGAGAUAUGCAUAUAAGGAUGAUGCAUUGUCCUUCAUCCCAAGCAUUUCUCUUCCUUCCAAUGCUGCAUCGUUUGCCUUCAAACGUCGGUUUAGCCCUUCAGAUAAGUUGAGUUAUUGGUACAACUUUGACUCAAACAUGUGGAGUGCUGUGUACAAACGCACAUAUGGUAAAGACUACAAAUUCAAAGCUGGAUAUGAUUCUGAUGUACGCCUUGGCUGGGCAUCUCUCUGGGUGGGGGAUGAAGCUGGAAAAGUGAAAACAACACCAAUGAAGAUGAAAGUGCAGUUCAUGCUUCAGGUUCCACAAGAUGACAUCAAAUCGUCAGUCUUGAUGUUCCGAGUCAAGAAAAGAUGGGACAUUUGAUGACACCUUUUAAUAAAUCCUUCUCAAUUUCAGUUUCUGAUCAUGUCUGUAAAACCCAUAAAAGUUGAACAAAUAUACAAAAAGAUUAGAGAAUAAUUUCAAUUGCAUUUCUUUCUUUAGCAUCA